CAAACGGGCCAAGAGAGUCGUACGGUAUGACAGAAGGAUUGAACACAACAAGCUACCCUCAAAUAAAAUAGAAGCAAAAGUUAUGCUAGUUUCUUACGUGUUGCAAGCCAAGACCAACAAAAACUCCAAGAUAACUAUACCAUUUACUGACACGAAAACCCCUCCCAUCAACAAAAACAGAUUUUGUCAUUUUGAUAAAAUUGAUAGCACUCAAAUGCCAGGAGACAGAAGAUCUAGGAGCAGAUCUCCUUCAACUCGUCACGAAGGAAGAGAGAGAAAUCGUCAUCGUCGUACAUCUUGGAAAGAGACGUAUUAUGAAGAGAGAAGACGAGAGAGAGAACGGAUUGCUAUGAUGGGCGUUCCGGAGGUUUGGGGCCUUUCUCCUCCACCAGAGAUUGAUUCGGACGAUGAUGAAGUUGUAAAGAGAAGAGAAGAGGCAAAGCUGGUAUCAACUUUAGGCCAUGACUCGUCUUCCUCCUCCUCUUCAUCUGAUGAUGAGGAGGAGAGGAGGAGAAGGAAAAGGAGAGAGAAGAGGAGUAAAAGGAAAGGAAAGCAUAGCUCAAAGAAAGGCAAAAAGAAGCAUGUAAAGGUCGAAGAAUCCCCACCAUCUUCUGACAGUCAAGAUGAAGAAAGUGAUGAAGAAGGAGUUUGGGUUGAAAAGAAAAUAAGUAAAGAUGCAGAUGGUGCCUUCAUUGGACCAGUCCCAGAGAUAAAGCCACAAGGAGCAAACAAAAAAAUGGACUUUGGUGGUAACCUGCUCCCAGGAGAAGGAGAAGCAAUGGCGACCUUUGUCCAAGAAGGAAAGCGUAUACCACGUCGUGGUGAGAUCGGGCUCACUAGCAAUGAAAUAUCAUACUUCGAGGAUGCUGGAUUUGUAAUGAGUGGAAGCAGGCAUCGUCGAAUGGAAGCUGUCCGUAUAAGAAAGGAGAACCAAGUUUAUUCUGCCGACGACAGGAGAGCUCUUGCCAUGUUUAAUAGAGAAGAGAGGGAAAAGAGAGAGAAUCAGAUAUUAUCGGACUUUCGUGCUAUGGUUCAUAACAAGAGGAGUAAAUAAAGAGAGUAUAACAGAUAAUAAUAAUGAUAAUAUGAGCACUAUAAUGGAUUAUAACAUAAUGCCAAUAAUAAUAUAAUAAGAGUAUAAUAUGCCAGCAAUAAAUACCAAGUAUAAAUGAGUCUUGUUAUAUGCAUGUAUGUAUAAUGUCGUUAAUAUUUUUGUUUCAUUACUAAUCAUGUAAAGUUGACUGUUCAAUUA